AUGGCCACGCCGGCCUGUGCACCUGAAGGCUCAGGCGGCCCGGAGGCUGCCAGCAGUUCGACAAACUAUGUGCGGUCAGAAGAGGUGGAGCUGACGAUUCCACAUCCAGGUGAUUUCAGGCCAAAGCAGGAGGUGUGCUCACGCUCGGCAGGCCCCCGGUCGAAGCCUCGUCUUUAUCUCAGGGUUUAUCCGGCAGGGAAGGAGAUGCAAACAGGCUCCGUAUCUGCCUUCGUCGGUUUCACGUUUCCUCACGAUUGCAGGGUGCUGAAGGAUGUUACGUACAAGAUCGUUCUGCUCAACAAGACUGAGGCGAAUUGGAAGCGCGUGGGCGGUACAAGCUCAUUCUACAAGAGCCCUGCUCCUGGUUCAGGUCAAGGCCACGAGUGGGGGACCCUGGCUAUUGUGAAGGUUUCGGACAUGUUGUUGCCCGAAGCAGGUUGGCUGAAUGAUCAAGGGGAGCUGCAGUUCCGAGCCACCGCCACCAUCCCACUGGAAGCCUCGGCUCCAUGCCCGGCAUUCUGUGCACAGCUGGACCUAAGCCAAGACCUGGCUCCAGUAACCUUUCAUUUGCCCGACGGCCCGCCCUUGAUCUUCGACAAGCGCUUGUUGGUGGCACGCUCCGAGUACUUCAAAGAGAUGCUUUCAGAGGACAAGUGGAAGGAAAGUCGCACCAAUGAAAUUGACCUUACUAAGAACAGCGAGGCCAGCCAUGCGGCGUUUGGUGGAGUGCUGCGCUUCCUCCUCGGAGGGCUUUUCCAGUCCCAAGGAAACAUGGACUAUGCAUUCUCCGUCCGCCGGCUCGCCGACCAAUACCGCCUCACAGAGCUUGUGCAGCAGGUGGACAUUGACUUGGAGCGAAUAUUGUCCGAAGGUAAUGCUCUCCAGUUGUUGGGCCAAACAGUGGGCAGCGGUGGGUUUCUGGAGUCUGCUUGCCUAGACAUGCUUAAAGAGAACGAGUGCGAACUUCUCAAGCUGCAGAAGCACAAGAUCGCGCAGAUCAUGCGCGAGAACCCUCUUCUGGCUGAGAAGCUGAUGGAGCUGCUCUUAGACGUAGCAGAUACGGCUCGGGCCCAGAAGCGGACGCGAGUAAGCCGUUAA